AAAACAUCCUGAGAUUUGAGUGCGGUUUAAUAUCUGUUUCAAUAAGGGUUCAGGCGCCUCCUAGCGGACAACACAAACGGAGUUGUGGUUUGCCCACAAUUCUGUGUGCUGAAGGCGUACAACGAUGGCGGACCCUUCGGUUGAUGUCGUCGAAGGCUGUCGUCUUCCCGUGCUGCGAAAAAAUCAAGAAAAUGAAGACGAAUGGCCGUUGGCUGAAAUUCUCAGUGUCAAAGAGAUUCCUGGGAGAAAGCUCUAUUAUGUCCACUAUAUUGACUUCAAUAAGCGACUAGACGAAUGGGUUAAUCCAGACCGGCUGGACUUGAAGAAGCUCCAGUUUCCCAAGGAAGCCAAGACCCCUACAAAGAAUGGUCUGCCUGGGUCUCGUCCCAGCUCCCCAGAAAGAGAUGUGAGGAAGAGUCUAGAUCUCAGCGUUCAGUCUGCUUCAGCUCCUUCAAGAGGCAAAACCCUCCCCACACCGAAGAGAAAAGCAGAAUCGGUCUCUUUGGCAACACAAGUGACUGCAGCGACUCCAAUGCCUUCAAUUCCUGCUUCUGCAGAGGCGAGUCAGGCCGCGGUCUAUCCAGCAAUGAGAGAUGCCUCCUUCAGCAAUAAAUCCAGAGAAGAACAUGAGCAACUCGCCUCUCUCACCACAAAUGGCACAGCUCGUCGUAUUAUUCCUUCUCAGCCGGGGAGAAAACGGAAAAAUUGUGGUGGGACAGAUGAGAUGGUAAAGGUGUUCCAGAAUAACAGCCCUCGCAGCUCCACCAUCUAUUUGCUGCCAGGAGAGGAUUCACAGGACAGUUCUGAUGGAAUUCCCUCUGCCCCACGCAUGACUGGGAGCUUGGUGUCGGACCGCAGUCACGAUGACAUUGUCACACGAAUGAAGAACAUAGACUGUAUUGAGCUGGGCCGACACAGGCUGAAGCCCUGGUACUUUUCUCCAUACCCACAGGAGCUCACCACACUUCCCAUCCUCUACCUCUGUGAAUUCUGUCUCAAGUACCUCAAAAGCCUCAAAUGUCUCCAGAGGCACUUGACGAAAUGCAACCUUCGGCAUCCCCCAGGAAAUGAGAUCUAUCGCAAAGGAACAAUCUCCUUUUUUGAAAUCGAUGGCAGGAAAAACAAGUCAUAUUCCCAAAAUUUGUGUUUAUUGGCCAAAUGCUUCCUGGACCAUAAGACCCUGUACUAUGACACAGAUCCGUUCCUCUUCUAUGUUAUGACAGAGUAUGACUCUAAGGGCUUCCACAUAGUCGGCUACUUCUCCAAGGAAAAGGAAUCAACAGAAGACUAUAAUGUGGCCUGUAUUCUGACUUUACCUCCUUACCAGAGACGAGGCUAUGGCAAGCUACUAAUAGAGUUCAGUUAUGAGCUCUCAAAGGUGGAAGGUAAGACUGGUACACCAGAGAAGCCUCUGUCUGAUCUGGGUUUGCUUUCCUACCGCUCAUACUGGUCUCAGACCAUACUGGAGAUCCUUAUGAACCUCAAAUCAGAGAAUGGAGAACGACCACAGAUCACCAUCAAUGAAAUUAGUGAGAUCACCAGUGUCAAGAAAGAGGAUGUGAUAUCAACUCUUCAAUACCUCAACCUCAUCAAUUAUUAUAAGGGUCAGUAUAUCCUCACCCUAUCAGAAGAUAUAGUGGACGGUCAUGAGCGGGCCAUGCACAAACGGCACCUCCGCAUUGACCCUAAAUGUUUGCAUUUCACUCCUAAAGACUGGAGCAAGCGGGGCAAGUGGUAGAAAGAAAGACUAUAAGGAUGGCCCUUUACAAAGGAAUUCAGACGCAGAAACGGAAUUUUUCCGGUGUUUUUAACAAAGAGACGUGACCUGGAAAAGAAGGCAAAACUGUUUAGUAUUGUUAAUGGUUCUAUGGCCAUCAUCUGCAUCUUAUGCACCAACAUUAAUCCUCAAUUUCAUAAUAAUUCAUUUGUAGUCUGCAUGUUUGUGCGAAUGGAAGUAUGUAUUUUGAAGAGGACAAAGCCUUGUCUUCCACAAUUUUAAAGAAUCCAUUUAGAUGUCAGUAUUUAUGGUGAAUGUCAUUUUUUUUACAUUGACAAAAAAAAAAAAAAAAUAAUAA